AUGACUCCUGAGGUCUCUGGAGAUGUGGGAGACUGGCCUGUGGGAGGUGAAAUUGCCAUCACCACACAGGAAUAUCCCAACAUGACGAAUGCCACGGGCAGCGAACGGCGCUUCAUCCAAGACAUCGUCUUCUACGCUCCGGUCACAGAGAUCCUGUUGGAUCGGCCACUGGAGCUGCCUCACUUUGCUGGGCAGGCUUUUGUCGACUCCACAAACUCCUUGUCCGUGGGCACGCGUAUUGUUCUGCUGAGCCGCAGCAUCACCAUCACGACGGAAGAGGUUCGUUUCCCAGACCCAGAACGCGGAGUACCUGAUCCUGGACAUGGUGGAGAUUGGUUUGGCCAUCACAUGGUCAUCAGUGGCUCAUCCUUUGUGUCGAUGUCUUGGGUGCGCUUGGCUCACGCCGGGCAGGAUGGACGAGGGCCCACAGGGCGCUUGGCGCGGUUCCCCGCGCUGCAAGUGGUGCAGCCCACCAGCUACACGCGAUACCUGCCAAGACCCUACUUUGAGUCUCUGGUCUUCUCAAAUAGUUGGCUCGGAGCCGUGGAGGUCCUUGGCUCCUGGGGAUUGGAUUUGAUCAACUGCGUCUUCUGCGAGACCAGGGGCCGUGCACUCCAAGCUGGUACAGAUAUGGGUGCAUUCUUCAUUGUUGACAACUUGGCCAUGGAUACACGGCCGUUACCGCCACCAUUGGAUCCAGUGGUCAACCCAACAUAUGAACCGCUUGCUGUCUUUCAGCUACAGGCACGUCCCGUGGUCUUCUCCGGAAACGUGGUGGCGGGCUGCCCCGACAUCGGCGUGUUGAUGCGGCCUGAGACCUGUGAAGCAGUGGAACAGGACACCUCCAGCCAGCAGAUCAAUGAAGUGCAUAGCUGCGUAGUUGGCUUCUUCGUGCUGAGAUCCUGUAGCACGGAGGGUGGUGGGCCACAAGCCUGUCCCGGCCAUUUGGAUUGUGUCCACUUGCGGCUCAUGAAGGCCUGGAAGAACGCUCAUGUUGGCAUUCUCUUCGUGGAUACACCGAGCAAUAUGAUCGUCUCCGACGUGACUCUCUUCGACAACCACAUUGGCAUCACUGGAAACUUCCAUCGUCAAAUUGGCGAUAUGUUACAUUCCUUCGAGUUCCGCGACAGCCAGGUCUACGGCUCUACAGCAGUGUCUACCUGCGAUGCUUCGUUGCAGUGCUUGGCAGUGGGCCCGUCAGACGUCCAGCCCACAGCUUGCCAUUCUCUGCCGGGUCCAGAGUUCCGCCGUAUUGGUAUCCUGCUGCCCAUCAUCACGAAUCGUGGGAAGACUUGUGAGGACGGUCCAGUUCUCCGCAGCUGUCCUUUGGCGAACCUACCAGAGAGGAGUUGUGCACUGCCAUGGGAGCAACGCUACGGAAACCGUGCAUCCAGGAUGUCCUCCCAGAAGAUCACGAACGUCUUCUUCGGCGGCUUCCGUGCCGAGGACUGCGGCAUGCGAUCAGUGGCCAUUGCCUACAACCCGACAUCUCGAGAUUGGAAUCCCGUGUUGGAAGUUUCUGGGCUUCGCUUCGCGGAAACCGACUUCUUCCGCCGCACUGUGACCCAAAGCUCCUUGAUCACUCCAGCUGACAGGGAUCGCCAAGACUACCUGAACGCGCGGAUCCUUUUAGAGCCCUGGUCUGGGUUCCUGGCUGAAGGCAGUUGCCAAGCGGAUCCCAUGCUUUCAGAGAUCGCACGCGAUAAGCUUGGCAUUCAAGGCGAUGUGCCUCUGUGUCCAGGAUUGCAGCAGUCAUGGGUGAAAGACUUGGACGGUUCCCUGGUGGCCUUUGGUGUAGCCCUGCUGCCGCCGGGUCUGCUUCCACUGAAGUGCAACGUCUCCUCCAGUGACUUCGAAGAGGCCACCAUGGUGCCCAGUGCAUUGCCUCCAGCCUGCGUGAACUGUAGCAGUGGAUAUCAGUAUACCUUGGACAAUGGCCUUGUCGCUUGCAGUGACCGUAUGCGCCGAUUGAAUUGGGAAAGCUUGGAUCCGGAUUGUUGUGGCUUCUACCGCCGCGAGCUGGGUGUGCUGCGGGCCACGCGGCUCAUCGACGGUGCCAUCGAGGAGACCCGACCAAUGUUUGACGAAAGUUGUCCUCGUGGUCUGGAGUAUGGCCGAAGUUCCUACGUCAUCCGCAUGGAAGCGGGCUAUAGUCAUCUGCUGCAGUUUAUGGGAAGUUCGCAGCUUCCAAGGCUGAGUCGUAUCCAUCUCUUCGCGGAGAGUGUCACGGAUGAGGUCCUGCUGAAGAUCCCCUUGGGACGCUUGAGGAGGCCGCGACUCUACAUCUUCGGCAUUAACUUCGACAUCAUGCGACGCACCGCCAUCCCCAAUCCAGGUGAUAGCCACGGAGCUAUGUUCCUGGAUCGAGAUGGUCUCAUGCUCUACAUGAUGACACGAGGAAUGCCAGGUGGAUUGACGGGUCGAGGAGUUGCCAUCCUGAUGCUGUUGGAAGUGAUCAUCGCAGAAGUGGUCAUCUUUAUUCCACUGGAGGAAUUUAAUGAGUUCGCCUUCCUUGCAGACAUCUCCAGGUCGUUGAACGUCACCGAAGAUCGCAUCACUUUGGUGGACAUCCGCUACGACGGCAAGAAAUGGUUGGAAGGCCCCAACGGCCGGCGCUUGGAGAUGGUCGACACCUUGGCCAUCCGCUUCGAAGUGGCCGAGGAUGCGGUCCUCAAUCCAAACGUGCUUGCAGAUAUUCCCAUUGACUCUCUGGGAUCCUACAACGCCUUCUUUGAAGAUGCCGUCCAAAACGAUCCUGCAGAGGCAGAGGCUGUGAACUCCAUGCGCGACCUGGCCACAACUUUAGAGGUGCCCCCCGCGUGGCCCCUUGGCCCCUUGCCUUGCCGACAUGCUAGUUGCUGUUGCCGGAAAAAACACCAGUUUGGUGAAGGGGAUACACCGAGUCGCAAGAUGUCAGAGGCUAAGCCAGAGAGGCCACCCGAUGAGACAUCGGAAGGCAGCUCCAGUAGUGACUUCUCUUCAGAGGAAUCACACGAGGAAGAUCUGCCAGAUCCCUCUUUGUUGCGCUCCAAAAGUCUUUUUCGGCGCCAUGCUGUCGACCAUGUGGAAAUGGCUGAGGUGGACUUCACCCCGGCCUGGGCAGUGGCACAGUCCGAGGACUUGAGUCUGCAACGUUUGAUUAUUGCGGUGAGCAAUAUCACUUCAGAUACCCGCAGCAUCAGCAAGUCUGACAUCACUCCGGUGGAUCGGCUGCUUCGGUGCAUCAACGCCAUCAUCCAGGAAAAGCGGCAGCAAUUUCUGCACUUGAGGUUACAAUGGCUAGUCUUCCACCUAUCCGCAAGGCCUGAGGAAAAGUUCCGCUUGCCUGACGCCUUGGAGACUCCACGUUCUCAACAAGCUCAGCAUGCUCGGGAGGCCUGGUGGUGGAACCUCACCAACAGUAGUGCCAAGAUGAAAGAUAUGCCAGAUGACUUCAGCCUCAACAGCCCAAGGGGCUCCUCUCAUUGCAGUUCGCCGUCCCCUCGAUCCAAGGGCCCGAAAGAAGAGCCGGCAGCAGCCACAAAGCGUGCGGCCAAAGUCGCUGCCUCUGCGCCGAAGCUCGAACGAAGGUUUGGUGCUACAACGGAUUUUUCGAAUCAACCCAGGAGUCCUACUGGUGCUACUGGUCCUAGUGGUCUGUCCACAAGUUGCAUAUCCCCUGCGGCUUUGAGGGCCCAAACAGCACCAGAGGGACGAGCUCGACCUAAAGCGUUGGCGAUGGACUCGCGGAUCAAAGCAACCUCUGCGAUUCACAAGGCGGCGCACACCAUGGAGGCGGAUUUUACCAUCGACAACGACAAGCUUCAGGCCACGGCAGACAACAUGCUUUCUCCGAAGCGCGCCAAUGUGAGUCGUGGCAACUCGCGCGCAUCCAUCAAAGAUCCGGAUGAUGCGAAGCAGUUGAAGCGCCACACUGUGAUGCCCACCUCCAACGUAAGACCGAUGUCAAAAGAGGCUGGCAGAAGGCGAUCAGUGACCUUGACAGGUUUGAAGGAGGGCUUUCAAGUGGAGGACAGACGGCAGACAACGCGUUUUCAGGUGGACGAAGAAAUCAGCAUCGAGGAGAAGUUGAUGGGACUGGCGCCAAUGUCGACAAAACCAAAGAAGAAGAUGUUGAAUGUCGACUGCAACGCACAGCAGAAGUCGGAUGUGCCGGAUAUUGGAAAAACCUGGCUCAUCAGGAACCGAACAUCACCGGCGCCAUUUCGAAAGAACUCCAACAGCAACAGCCCGGCCACACCAUCACUGUUGCCGCAGUAUGUUGACUUCGCCGAUUUCGCCUUACCCAGACAAGCACAGGACUCUCAGAAGGCCAGGGCUCGCUUGAAUGUGGAAGUGGAUUUGGAUUUGGAGCCGACAAGGAGUUUUGCACUUCUUCCUGCAAAUCAGCCUAUUGCACCCUUCUUGCGAGGUGUGGAGCCAGUAUCACCUGGUGGGACUUUUCAGGAAGCGAAGACUUUCCUUCGCAACGAGCAUAGUCGAGCUGGAGGUGCUUGGCUUUGCACUGCCGAUUGCUUGGAUAGCAACAUUGCAGAGCAUCGGAUCAAAUGCAAAGCCGCCAGCGACUUCGUGCGGCAAGGCCGCAGUGCUCCACGAAGGCAGUGUCGCAUCGAUUGGAAGAUCGAUGACAUGUGCACGAAAGACCGCAUUCAAGGCAUCCGAAGAUAUAUCCGGCAACUCAAUGGCACCAAUGCCACCAUGAAGGAGGACUUGCCUCCCAGACCGCACACCACGGCUGCCCGCGAACUUCCUCGACUUGUGAGGCACGGCCCCCGUAUCAAAGAGCCUCCACGCGGAGCCGAGGAGUCUCGUGAUGUGUCUGUGGUCUAUGCAGCGGUCGCAGCAAAGCGCAAGAAGAUUCCACAGGCACCAAAGUGCCUAUUGCCGGUCCCAGGCUUCGAUGAGGAGAAAGAUGACGAGGGUCAGGUUCUUGACCUGCGGGGGAUGAACCUCACAGAUGACGAGGCGGUGCCCAUUGUGAUGGGCCUCCGUGUGCGAGAUGUUGCCUUUAAGACCAUGCUGAUCUCUGGCAAUCCACAGCUAACGGAUGCAUUCUACGAACCGCUUCUACAGCUGGCUUGUGACAAAUUUAUGAGUAUGACAAUCCUGGACUUGUCCGGAUCUGCCCACAUGGGAGAAAAAUCCAUCAGUUUCUUGGCACACGCAUUGCCGAGAGCCUUGAUGAAGUUGCGAGUGCUGAAGUUGGAUGGUACGCGCUUUGAACAGCCCUCAUGGCUAGUGCUGGUGGAAGGUCUCAGGUGCUUGACCUACUUGCAGGAGCUGGGCCUUGCUGAUAUGGCCAUCGGUCGCCGCUCUCAGGAUGUGCCCUGCCUGGUGGGGGAGCUGCCACUCUCACUGCCGGGCUUGAAAUCGUUGAACCUCAGCGGAAACUUUUUCAGUUUCGAAGGUUGCAAGGCUUUAGCCCAUUCCUUGGAAGGCCAUGGAAAUUUGGAGGUCUUAGAUCUCAGUUACAAUGCAGGAGGCUUUGUGCUCACAGAGAGUGCUGGUGCCGUCAACAUCGAGGUGGAAAAUCUCUUUACAGUCCUUCGCAGUGACAGUCGUUCGCAAGGAAUUGCAGCGUUCAAUCCGAUCUCCUUGGUUUGCGAAGGCGUCGGAAAGUCAAAGUCCUUGACCACCUUGAAAUUAGCGGGUUGCCAGCUGAACUUUGACGAGGACUUCAUUUUGGAGGAUGCCUUGCAGUCAAAGCAGGGCUGCGGCUUAGAAGAAUUGGACCUCAGCAAUAACGCCUUCCAGGGUGUAAUGGGAGUGCGCUGCCUUUUGAGGAUUCUGAUCACCCACAAGAGUCUCAAGACCUUGCAUUUGUCGCAGAUACGAGAAGCCUUGCCAUCUUGCGUGGCAGUACCUUACGAGCAGUCUGAUCCUACUGCGCAUUACACAUUGAACCUGAUGCAUCCUCAGCAUCGAGCACUUCUCCGUAUGUUGUUAAGGCGAUGCAAGAGUCAGUCACGGCCAAUCACCGAACUCUUUAAAUUCGAGGAGCGCGGCGAUGAGAUUCUGAAGUUGUGGGGAAAGAACCAAUCUGUGCCACAGCAAGGCAGCGUCUCCUUUGCGUUUCGUUUCCCCAUGGAGCUCGGGGUGAAGAUCGAAGCGACGCAGCUCAUCUCCAGGGUCAACGAGAAGAGGAAGUUGAAGGUUGGAUUGGUGGAUUUUGUCAAGGUGGCUCAACUAUUCAACGGCUUGGCAGAUCUGGAGGCACGCUUAAUCUUCCUGGAGGCGAUGGCAGUUGAUCUGAACCUGAAGCUGAGCCAUGUGAGGUAUCUUUCAGAGCUCGACCCAGUACUGCGCACAGACGUGGUGGAUCGACUGUUACCAGCUGUGCCAGAAAUCAAUACUUUAGGUGGUUUUGACCUUGCUGUUAACUGCGGCCACCACGGGGCAUCGCUGGUUCGCGAUCGUGCUUCUAUUGUGAAUCUGCUCCUUUUCAACCCAGCAUGUUCUGAUGGUCGAUAUGACUUCGACGUUUCGGAACCGGCACAUCGCAAGAUGCUGGACGACCUGAUCAUCGUCAAUCACUGGGAACGUGAUUGUGCUACGAAACUCGGUCGGCCUGACCUCAGCAAGCACGGAGAUCAUGAAUGCAUCCGAAAUUGCACGGUCAACGGUGUCUACCGCAUUUGGAGGAGUGCUGAUGUGCAGCUUCCACCACGGUCAGAGGUGAAAUUGGAUUAUUGCUCGCCGUUUCAUCCAAAGAAAGGCACGGGGCCUUCUCGUGACAACACCGUGAUGCAGAUCCAGCAAGCCAUGGCCACCAUGGACUUCAAUCAGAGUCUUAAAGUGAAGGUCUUUCGCUCCGUGGCGCAUCGCUUGGUGCUAACCCCCGAACACUGCAGCCGUGUGCUUGAAGCACUUCCUGCUUCUGCGAUGGAGCGAGAUCUCGAGAUCAGAGAGUCUGCUCGGGUGGAAGCCUUUGUGGUGUGCUACGCAAGGUGUAAUGACAUCGGAGGACUUCUGUCGCACAAGGACUAUGGUCUGUACAGCCUUCAGCACCUGACACGAGAGGAGGUCCUGACAGUGCGGAAACGCCUGGGUCGCACACGCACUUGGGAUCUCACCAGGGCCGGCCAGGAAUUCUUGGUUCCGGAAGUCGACAACGCUGGAGACUUCAAUGCGGCGGGCAGGCUCAUGCUGGUGGGUCGACGGCCAUCGGCAGUUGGACUUCCUCCAAUGCCAGAUUUCCUGCCGGCGAAGCCCAAAAGUCGCUCGGAACGCAUGGAAGAAGCCCGGCUGGACGCUGAGCGGAUGCGCCCCAUUUUGCAGGACUAUGGGAUGUUGGACAAUCCAGUGUCGCUGGGUCUUGCGAACCGUUACAUGAUGAAUUUGGAACUUCACGAAGAUUGGCACUGUGCACAAUGCCUUCUGGCUGUUUGCAAAUUGGAGCCGGGCGAAAAUAUCGAUGAACCAUACUGGAGUGAAAAGCAGCAUUUGGCCCAGAAAGGCAGCAAGUGGCUGGUGCCAGACGAAUGGAACAAAGACAUGCCUCAGGUCGGAGUCUUUGGCAUGACAUUCCUGCAGGGCUUUAAUGAAAGCGACAUGGACUUGCGAGAACGCCUGGCAGAGGAGUUCCUCGGAUGGUGA